UCCACAGUACUAGACGAUUUUCAUUACUCGAAAUAAUAUGUAUAUUAUUGUAUAUCUGUAUACAUAAAAAUGGAUGUUUGUAUAUACAGGGUGUUCCAAAAAUGUAGGAGGUCCUUGUUGGAGUUUCCUUAGCGAAAAUGUUGUUUCGAAUCACCCCCCGAACCACUCCUUUCAAGGACUUUUAACAUUCUUGGGACACCUUGUACAUACGUACGAUAGAUUCAGAAACUGUUUGACCGAUCAACGUGAAACUUGGAAUACAAUAUGCAUUUUUUCAUGGAGAAGGUUUUUAUGCUACUCGAUACGACGAACCAGAAGAACUAGGAGAACCAAAGACAGUGACUGACCGGUUCACGAAGGUUCACGUGGUUGAACAGUCAGUCGAACGCAAACUACAUAAGAUACAAUCACGUGGUCGAGUUGUCGGUUGAACGUAAACGACAAAAAAAAAAAAAAAGAAAAAUAUACACAUCGAAUCGAGUAACCUCCUCCUUUUUCGAAGUCGGUUAAUAAAACAAAUAGUAUAUUACAAGCGGGCCGCAGCUAGUGUGUUGUACGCACGACAAUAUUUCAAUUUGAGGUAUUUUUAAAAACGAAACGUGCGACAUACGCGCCAAGAAACCCAGUACUCCCCAAGUUCUCCCCAGUACCCUGACACUUAUUCCCAGUGUCGUUUGUUUUCAAAAAAAAUGCCUGAAUGCGUCCUAAUCCUGAUUCCUAGGUAGGCUUCACUGGCUUCGAUGAAAACAGCCUGAGAGAUUCGACGAUUUCCUCGAUUCGCUCGCGAUCCCCGGGUCUAAUUUCUCCGAUCCUCUCCGAGGCAACCGAGAACGUUCUCCACGUUCCGAAAUUUCGCAAUUUCGCCCGACGAUUGUCCUCGAUCCGGGAAUAUCCCGUUGUUUUCGCGCGUGGAACGCGAACCUUCGCCGAUAACCGACACUUGCCGCAUCCUGUCUGAAUAGACGCGGGAGCGAGUGCAGCACGGCUCGCAGAGAUGAAAUUCGAAGAACGAAGGUGAACGUUUCGCGUCGAUGGUAUCUAAUCGACGUGCGCGUUAAGAGCGAGGUUUACUCCGUCAAUGUCUGCCUUUGGAACAGCUCGGUCAGACUCCCUCGGACGAAUUGUUCGCAGAGUCGAACCUCCGACGACCUCCUGGGCCACAUCCGUGACUACCAGAAGUAUCGCUCGCCGUUGACGGCCGAUUCUCGAUCGAUCCUCCGUCGGAUACCGCCAGGAACGAAGAAACUUCGAACGCGAGGAAUACAUUAAGGCUAAUCGAUCUCCGGAAUUAUGUAAGCAGCUGGUGACAUCUUUGGAAGCGUGUUAUUUUCGCCUGAAAUAUGCGAUUAUUAUAACGAGGAGUCCGGGGGCCAUUGUCUACCCGCUAAGAGGAAGUUACGAGGCGAGGAAGGAAACAUUCGGUGAUGGUUUAUCACGCGUUAACGGUCCAGUGUCUUUUCGCCGAAAGGAUAUUGUCGCGAAGGUGCGCUACCUAGAUGGAAACGGAUUCGCAAACGAGUUCGAAUUAAUCGACGAGUGCGGUGAACGAUUUUCCAGCCGAGGUUACAGCGAAUCGUACGCGGUUUAAACGAGUGGAGAAUCGGUGAAUCGUCGAUAUCGUAUCUUCGGGCAUGGAGAGACUCGAGGACGGAGUUUACAAACGGAAUGGUCACGCGAACGAGGCCUUCCAGAUGGAGGAGGUUGGAAGGAAAGGGAACGAUUCCACGGACGUCGCCAAGUCGAAAGGGUCGAACGCGCCGGAGAAAGUACCCGAGGAAACCAACAACCCUAGGGCAGAAUGGGGAGGUGGACUGGAAUUUUUAAUGGCAUGCAUAGCCACUUCCGUCGGUCUCGGUAACGUUUGGAGGUUUCCAUUCACUGCUUACGAGAACGGAGGCGGCGCUUUCCUGAUACCUUACAUCAUUAUCCUCGUAUUCGUGGGAAAACCCUUCUACUUCCUGGAGGGUCUUCUGGGUCAGUUCACCAACAAAUCCUGCGCUAAGACUUGGUCCAUGGCGCCGGCGAUGAAAGGGUUGGGGUACGGCCAGGCUUUCGCAGCGACGUGCGUGGUCUCUUACUAUUGCGCUUUAAUGGCUUUGACGUUGUACUAUCUCGCGGCCAGUUUCCAAUCCGAAUUGCCUUGGUCAUUCUGUCGCGACGAAUGGCAGGGUCAAUGCGUCGACUCGGUGCCGAAGGACCCUAACGAGAGCACCACUUUCGUAGCCAACGGUACCGUUCGCAGUUCCGCGGAAUUGUACUUCAGGAAGAUCGUCCUGAACGAGUACGACUCCAUCGACGACGGCAUCGGGCUGCCAUCUUGGCAGCUGACGAUCUGUCUGUUCCUAAGCUGGAUGGCGGUAUUUUGUGUACUUUUCCGCGGAAUAAAGAGCACAGGAAAAGCAGCCUACUUUCUGGCGAUAUUCCCGUACGUCGUAAUGAUCGCCUUGCUGAUCAGAUCGGUGACCUUGGAGGGCGCAGGAAACGGUAUCCUCUUCCUCGUCACGCCGGAUUGGGAGAAGCUCUGGCAACCGAACGUGUGGUAUGCCGCCAUCACUCAGUGCUUCUUCUCUCUGUCCGUCUGCUUCGGAUCCAUCAUCAGUUAUUCGUCUUACAACAACUUCGAGCACAACGUCAGCAGGGACGUGUUGAUAGUGACGACAUUGGACACGUUCACCAGCCUGAUAGCCGGCUGUACGAUUUUCGGGAUCCUUGGGAACCUGGCGCACGAGAUGGGCACCACCGACAUAUCGUCGGUGGUCCGAGGCGGGACUGGUCUCGCCUUCAUUUCGUAUCCCGAGGCUUUGGCCCGUUUCACGGUGGUUCCGCAGCUCUUCGCUGUUCUCUUUUUCGUGAUGAUGUUCGUGCUCGGCGUUGGAAGCGCGGUGGCUCUAUCCGGCGCUGUUUUCAGCAUCCUUUGCGAUCACUUCCCGAAGGUAUCCCACUGGAAGCUGGUACUCCUGGUUUCCUCUCUGGGAUUUCUUGUUAGCCUCAUCUACAUCACACCCGGUGGCCAAUGGUUCAUAACGUUGGUCGAUUAUUACGGUGGCACGUUCGUCGCCAUAAUCGUCGGCCUUCUGGAAAUGGUAACGAUCUUCUGGAUUUACGGCGUGACGAAUUUUAUGAACGACAUGGAGUUCAUGCUGGGUUCGAGACCGUCGUGGUACUGGAGAUUCUGCUGGGCAUUCAUAACACCUGUGCUCAUGAUCGUCAUCCUGGUGUACACCAUCGUCACCUACGAGCCGCCCACCUACGACGGCGCACCAUUUCCGGCAUACGCCUACGUCAUCGGUUGGCUCCUGCUGGCCGUGGGAGUUUCACUGAUCGUCGGUUUCAUUCUGCAGAAACUGAUAGCGAGCAGAUCUCCGUCGUUGAUCGAAACUGUCAAAGCGGCGUUCCGGCCAUCCGAAGAAAACUGGGGCCCAAGCGACAAGAAAGUGCGGCUGAAGUGGAAAGAAUUUACCGCGGACAAGAAUUUCCGUCACCGUGGCGGUUUCGUCGAGACUUGUUUUAGAUAG